ACCACGUUGACACCAUUUCCGGUCUUCUGUUACAGAGCCGCUCUGUAAAAAGACAUCCUCGAAUUCCGAUUCUGCCCUCGACCAUUUCCCACAACACCGGUUUUCCGGUCCCCUUCCUCCCACCCAUGGCUCCGGCGAUCUCUUCCUCCUCGGCUAAACGGCUCAUCCGCUUUAGCGGCUCCCUCCGACGAACUGAGGCUCCGCGCCUGCCGUCUUCGCCACUGUCCCCGACGCCGAAGAAGCUCAAGUCGAUGGAAGAGGUAAUGGCGAGGGCCCGGUACGCCGUGGUGGAUCAAGCUGACUAUGGCAGCGUCAGCUGCGAGCAAUGCGGCUCCGGCGACCGUCCCGACGAGCUUCUCCUAUGCGACAAGUGCGACAAAGGCUUCCACAUGAAAUGCGUGCGCCCGAUCGUCGUAAGAGUUCCCAUCGGAUCCUGGCUUUGCCCCAAGUGCUCUGACCGCAGAAGAGUAAGAAGCUUUUCUCAGAAAAAGAUUAUCGAUUUCUUUCGGAUUAAGAAGUGCUGUGAUAAGAAAGACAAAUUUUCGUCACCUCUAGAUACUAGGAAGCGCAGGAGACGUUCAGGAUCAUUGGUUUUGCACAAGAAAAGGAGGAGACUGUUACCAUAUAUUCCAUCAGAAGAUCCUGCCCGAAGGCUGAAACAAAUGGGUUGCCUUGCUUCUGCCUUAACAGCACUGCAGAUGGAAUUCAGUGAUGAUCUCACUUACAUGCCUCGCAUGGCUCCUAGAUCAGCAAAUCAGGCGAAGUUUGAAAGUGGUGGAAUGCAGGUUCUAUCCAAAGAAGAUACUGAGACCUUGGAGCAGUGCAGAGCUAUGUGUAAAAGAGGCGAAUGCCCUCCCCUUAUUGUAGUUUUUGAUUCAUGUGAAGGUUUUACAGUAGAGGCUGAUGGUCAGAUUAAGGAUAUGACAUUUAUUGCUGAGUACACAGGCGACGUGGAUUAUCUUAAGAACCGGGAACAUGAUGAUUGUGAUAGUAUGAUGACCCUUAUCUUGGCAACCGACCCAUCUAAAAGUCUGCUUGUUUGCCCUGAUAAACGUGGGAACAUUGCACGCUUUAUCAAUGGCAUUAACAAUCACACUCUGGAAGGUAGGAAGAAGCAGAAUUGUAAAUGUGUGAGAUACAGUGUUAAUGGUGAAUGCCGAGUCUUUUUGGUUGCCACUCGUGAUAUAGCUCAGGGCGAAAGGCUAUAUUAUGAUUAUAAUGGAUAUGAGCAUGAAUACCCUACUCACCAUUUUGUCUGAGAUAUCAUAGAGAUAUUGCUGUCUAACAAUCCUAUAAAAAAUGGGAUGUAAUUAUGGAUCCCAAUAGAUCCUUUCCUUUUGCCAUUUUUUCAAAGCUUACUCAUUGUUUUUUUUUUGUUUUUUUUUUUUCAGAGCAACAGUUUUCUUCCAAAAUUAGUCAUGGGCUAUUCAUUGUAAUUUUUGAUGUAGAGCGGGCCCAUUAUGUGGCCAUGAGAGACAUAGAGUAGGCAAGGAAGAUUUACCUUGAACUUGGCAUGUGAAGAAAAUUAGAUGCCUUGGCAAUAUAUUUAGGAGGAAAUGCCUUUGUAAUACAGUUUUCAAUGAAAGUUUUUACCUUUUUGCCCA